UAUAUUUAAUACGGAAUGCGUUUAAGGAAGACAGUGAGUCAUACUCAGUUAAUAAAUCGCUGCGUAAUUCAGCGGCUUCUCUUCCACAUUUCAAUCUCUCUCAUCUACCACGCCCUUCUGGGUCGUCGUCGUUGCAGUCUUCUUCUUCUUCUUCUUCUUGUGAUGUCGUUUUGGAAAUUCUGGGUAUUUUUUGUAUCUACGAAUACGGUUCGUUACGUUGGUGGAUUCUGAUUCUGUUCGAUAUCGGAUUCGAUUAUGAGCUUUUUGCAUAAUCAAAAGGGUGGCGGAGCUUUUCACAUUUUAUUAGGAUAAAAUAGAAAAUUUUGAAGAUUCUCUGAUUUUUUUUUUUGGGAGGGGGAGAUUUUCGUUUUUUCGUGUUCUUGUGCGCGUUUUGAAAGGACGAGAAUGCCGCAGGAUGCAUCGUCCGAGCAAGACCAGGACGAUUCUGAUGCUGAGUUCGUUGAGGUUGAUCCCAGUGGUCGGUACGGUCGGUAUAAGGAGGUUCUAGGAAAAGGGGCAUUCAAAAAAGUAUAUCGGGCAUUUGAUGAAUUGGAAGGAAUUGAAGUAGCUUGGAAUCAGGUUAAGGUGGCAGAUCUAUUGCGCAACUCAGAAGAUUUGGAACGCCUUUAUUCAGAAGUUCAUUUGCUCAAAACUUUGAAGCACAAAAACAUAAUUAAGUUUUACAAUUCAUGGGUGGAUACCAAGAAUGAGAAUAUCAACUUCAUCACGGAGAUUUUCACUUCUGGAACGUUACGGCAAUACCGGAAGAAACAUAAGCAUGUGGACUUGAGGGCAGUGAAGAAAUGGUCUAGGCAGAUUUUAGAAGGCCUUUUGUAUCUUCACAGUCACGACCCACCAGUUAUUCAUCGAGAUUUGAAGUGCGAUAACAUUUUUGUUAAUGGGAACCAAGGUGAGGUGAAAAUAGGUGACCUUGGACUGGCUGCCAUUCUCCGUCAGGCUCGUUCUGCCCACAGUGUCAUUGGUACUCCAGAGUUCAUGGCACCAGAGCUUUACGAAGAGGAAUACAAUGAGCUUGUAGAUAUAUAUGCUUUUGGCAUGUGUUUGCUAGAGUUGGUGACCUUCGAGUAUCCAUAUGUGGAAUGUGCUAAUGCUGCUCAAAUAUUCAAGAAAGUGACAUCAGGAAUAAAGCCAGCAUCAUUGGCAAAAGUUACAGAUCCUGGAGUUAGAUCAUUUAUAGAAAAAUGCAUUGCAAAAGUCUCUGAUCGGUUGCCUGCCAAGGAACUUUUAAUGGAUCCAUUUCUCCAGUCAGAUGGAGAUCACGAAAGUAUACAUCGUCAUAUUCUUCUUAAAAACCAUAAUUCAGAAGGAAUUUCUGAGCAAAGUGAUAAUGGAGCAAAUGCUAAGGAUUUUCCUGCUGAGACAGGCAGAGACUUCACAGUGGAAGGUCAGAGGAAAGACGUCAACACAAUAUUUCUCAAACUACGGAUAGCUGACUCUUCAGGUCAUGUACGAAAUAUACACUUCCCAUUUGAUAUAGAAGCAGACACUGCAAUUGCAGUUGCGAGUGAAAUGGUGGAAGAGUUAGACCUUACAGAUCAAGAUGUUUCAACAAUUGCUGAAAUGAUCGACUCUGAAAUUCGAUAUCAUAUUCCUGAUUGGACCCAGAAAGAACUCUCUGGAGAUUAUUCCGGUGGGGAGUUUCCAAUUUCUGAUAGCUAUGUCUCUGAAAUGAAGGAUGAUGCUUCUCCCUUGGCAAGUGAGUCGUGUUAUUCAACUAGAAGUCUUGCACUGGAAAGAUUUCCUUCAGGCCGAAAGUACUGGUUUGACUCACCACCUAAGGGAGCUGAUGGAAACUCUCCAGUUAAAUUAGGCCGUUCGAACUCGUCUACUCUUGUAGAUUUGCUUAUGACAGGAGGUAGCUUAACUGAAAAUGAAGAAAAAUCUCCUGGUAGCCAUAGAGAUGAAACUAAUCUAGAUAAUGCUGAUUUAUGUGGACAGCCUGAGGAUAUAUGCACAGAUGCGGAUGUUCUUAAUGAUGAGGAGGAAAUCGGUGGGGAGACUGAUUUACAAACAAGGGAUAUAAAUGCUGGUGGUGAAUAUAUAGGAAUGAGAAAUGGACCCCAUUCUUUGGGUGAAAACACUAAAUCUGAUGAUAUUAAUAUAAUUGUUGAGAAACUUGAGGAGCUGUUGGUAAAGCAACAAGAGGAGCUAGAUGAACUCAAGAAGCGGCACCAAUCAGCAAGAUAUGAUGUUUUGAAGGAUCUUUCCCAAGAAACCUGUCGAAAGGUUUUAGACUUUUGUAAGGUGAAGAUUCCUGAGUACAAAAUGCUUUAAAUGCUAAAUCAAAUAUUUUUGGAAUGAAGCCUUUUUAGUGGAUUGGUAGCUUUGAGGGAUCUAAAAGGCUCCAAACUUCAGUACAUCAUGGUACAGAUAAUUCUAGUUUCACUAGAAUAACGACUCCAAUGUUCUUGGAGAUAUUCGCAUGUUGGUAUUCUUGAGAAGGAUGAACAUUUUAGCUUGAAAAAUCAUUUCUGCUGGAUGCAACCCUGUUGACAGGAAAUGCCAAAAAUGAUAUGACUAUUUAUAGCUUUCCUAGUGUGAUGCUCGGAAACUAUGCAGCAAAGCCGUGGUCUGGAUUAGAGGAAUGCUCUUCGAGUAGAUCAUCUUUGUGCUCCAAGGAUUGAGCACAAUAUUUAUUUCUCUUGAAUUCUUCGGUUCUUUGGAAGUUAGACAUGAGCCUGAUAAAUCACGUACUCUGUACUAUAAUUUUGUGCAUGCAUUAAGAUCAACAUCCUACUUAUAGUUCUGACAUGGACCGUGAAAAUUUUAUCGAUCGUAUACCUGUACAGGAAAUUCAUUGACUUUGUUUCAUUUAUACCAGUCUGGCUGUUUAUUAGUUUGAGUUAUCAAGAUUUUAUUUUUUUCAAUUUUCCGGGGUUACUUGUAUCUGUAAAUCUAUAUGAUAAAACGCUUAAAGUCAAAAGUUAUUGACUUUGUUUUGUUGUAAUUUUGGCCCUGGUUGAAAAGUAAAUGAAACUUGGCUUCGUUUUUGUUUGUC